GAUAUAUUGGCACUUGAGUCAUUUUGCACAUCUCUAGCUAGUUGAUUAAAGAAUAGUUGUGAUCAACGAAAGUGUGAUUAGCGAGGUUUUUAGGAAUCGAGGAAUUCGAGCCGCAGCAACUCUCUGAUCCGCCGUCAAAGUCCAGAAGUCCCAGAAGUAAAGAACACAGAGUGCCAACAACAACACAAGCAGCAGCAGGAUGGCUCAGGAAGGUCAGGAUAUGCCCACAUUCAAGUGCGUGCUCGUCGGCGAUGGCGGCACUGGAAAGACGACCUUCGUGAAGCGCCACAUGACCGGCGAGUUCGAGAAGAAGUACGUGGCCACGCUCGGCGUGGAGGUGCAUCCACUGAUCUUCCACACCAACCGCGGCGCCAUUCGCUUCAACGUGUGGGACACCGCCGGCCAGGAGAAGUUCGGUGGCCUGCGCGACGGCUACUACAUCCAGGGCCAGUGUGCGGUCAUCAUGUUCGACGUUACCUCGCGUGUCACCUACAAGAACGUGCCCAACUGGCAUCGCGAUCUGGUCCGCGUCUGCGAGAACAUCCCGAUCGUCCUCUGCGGCAACAAAGUCGACAUCAAGGACCGCAAGGUGAAAGCGAAGAGCAUCGUCUUCCAUCGGAAGAAGAACUUGCAGUAUUACGACAUUUCUGCCAAAUCGAACUACAACUUCGAGAAACCAUUCCUUUGGCUGGCGCGCAAGCUGGUUGGCGAUCCCAACCUGGAGUUCGUCGCUAUGCCAGCCCUGCUGCCGCCCGAGGUCAAGAUGGACAAGGACUGGCAGGCGCAGAUCGAGCGGGACUUGCAGGAGGCCCAGGCGACCGCCCUGCCCGACGAGGACGAGGAUCUAUAAGCCUAUUCUAUAGUUAACUGAGAGAGAGAGAUGGCCGGCUUGCACACACCACAAUCACAACCACAACCACACGCAGUCACGACUUUUGGGACAGCAGCAGCAGCAAAGCAGGCGAAAAGUGAAGCGAACCAACCAGCAGCAGCAGCCGCAGCCGCAGCAGCAGCAACAUCAACUAGAGAUCAGCAUCAGCAAUAAUCCACUAUAUAUAAAGAGUUACGGAUUGCCAGCUAACGAUCGGCCAUUACGCCAACCUUUAACCAGCAGUCCUGCAUCCUGCAAGCCCUUCUGCCGUCGAUCGUAAUAUAAUUUUAGAGAUCCACUCAUUGAUAAGUCGGUUAUAAAUGAUUUUUUUUUGUGUUUCUUUCCAUUGCGUUGCUUUUGGCUGAAACUGAAUUGUCUUAAUGGUAUAGAAUCGAGAAACGUACCCAAAAAUCAAGUAAAAUAAAUAUCGAAAUCGUAUUUUUUUAAAACUUGCAA